CCGCAACGUCCGGUGCCCGCCCGCGCCCCCAGCACCGCCCGGCCCCGGGCCGCGCCCGCGCUUCCCGCCCCGGGGCCGGGCCCCGGCGCCCCUCUGCCCCCGCCGCCCGGGCCAUGCGGCCUCGGGGAGAUGAGGCUCCGCCACGGCACCUUCCUGUCGCUGCUGCUCUGCUGCCUGUGCGCCUUCCUCUCGCUGUCCUGGUACGCGGCGCUCGGCGGCCAGAAAGGGGACACGGUGGACAUUUACCAGCGUGAGUUCCUGGCGCUGCGUGAUCGCCUGCACGCGGCGGAGCAGGAGAGCCUUAAGCGCUCCAAGGAGCUCAACCUGGUGCUGGACGAAAUCAAGAGGGCUGUGUCAGAGAGGCAGGCGCUGCGGGACGGCGAGGGCAACCGUACCUGGGGCCGCCUGGCAGAAGACCCCCGGCUGAAGCCCUGGAACGGCUCCCACCGCCACGUGCUGCACCUGCCCACUGUCUUCCACCACCUGCCGCACCUGCUGGCCAAGGAAAGCAGCCUGCAGCCGGCCAUCCGCGUGGGCCAGGGCCGCACCGGAGCACCCUGCAUCCCCACAGUGUCAGUAGUGAUGGGCAUCCCCAGCGUGCGGCGGGAGGUGCACUCCUACCUGACAGACACACUGCACUCCCUCAUCUCCGAGCUGAGCCCACAGGAGAAGGAGGACUCGGUCAUCGUGGUGCUGAUCGCUGAGACUGACCCUCAGUACACGGCUGCAGUAUCAGAGAACAUCAAGGCCUUGUUCCCCACAGAGAUCCAUUCCGGGCUCCUGGAGGUCAUCUCCCCUUCCCCCCACUUCUACCCAGACUUCUCCCGACUGCGAGAGUCCUUCGGGGACCCCAAGGAGAGAGUCAGGUGGAGGACCAAACAGAACCUCGACUACUGCUUCCUCAUGAUGUAUGCGCAGUCCAAAGGCAUCUACUAUGUUCAGCUGGAAGAUGACAUUGUAGCCAAGCCCAACUACCUGAGCACCAUGAAAAACUUCGCCCUGCAGCAGCCCUCGGAGGACUGGAUGAUCCUGGAGUUCUCACAGCUGGGCUUCAUCGGGAAGAUGUUCAAGUCCCUGGACCUGAGCCUCAUCGUGGAGUUCAUCCUCAUGUUCUACCGGGACAAACCCAUCGACUGGCUCCUCGACCACAUUCUGUGGGUGAAGGUCUGCAACCCCGAGAAGGACGCGAAGCACUGUGACCGGCAGAAGGCCAAUCUACGGAUCCGCUUCAAGCCCUCGCUCUUCCAGCACGUGGGCACCCACUCCUCCCUGGCUGGCAAAAUCCAGAAGCUGAAGGACAAGGACUUCGGGAAGCAGGCGCUGCGGAAGGAGCACGUGAACCCACCUGCCGAGGUGAGCACCAGCCUCAAGACAUACCAGCACUUCACCCUGGAGAAGGCCUACCUGCGAGAGGACUUCUUCUGGGCCUUCACGCCGGCUGCCGGGGACUUCAUCCGCUUCCGCUUCUUUCAGCCCCUACGCCUUGAGCGCUUCUUCUUCCGCAGUGGGAACAUCGAGCACCCAGAGGACAAGCUCUUCAACACGUCGGUCGAGGUGCUGCCCUUCGAUAACCCUCAGUCGGAGAAAGAGGCCCUCCAGGAGGGGCACUCGGCCACUCUGCGGUACCCACGAAGCCCAGACGGCUACUUGCAGAUAGGCUCUUUCUACAAGGGUGUGGCGGAAGGUGAGGUGGACCCGGCCUUCGGCCCCCUGGAGGCGCUGCGCCUCUCCAUCCAAACCGACUCCCCAGUUUGGGUCAUUCUGAGCGAGAUCUUCCUGAAAAAGGCCGACUGAGGGAGGCUUCCCAGAUGUCUGCGCUGCCCCCGGAGGGCCCAGCGCAUCCCCGAGGAGGUUCUGCCUGCUGCCGUCCAGCCGGCUGGCCUGGGGUCCACCGCUGGCCCGGUGGCCCCAGGAGCUGGUGCUGCCCCGGCCUGGGCCGCAAGGAGUCUGGCCGCCCCACACUGUGCCUGAGGGCAGGCCCGCGCUGCCCGAACCGAACAGGAACCGAUCCCACUCGGAUGCCGACCCGGCCAGCCUGGCCAGGCUAUUUUAGAGGAGCUUUUCCUUGGGCGCUGCUGUUUCAGGCGCGAACACUGGAAUGCAUAUACUACUUUACGUGCUGUGUUUUUUAUUCUUGGAUACGUUUGAUUUUUCACCUAAGUCCACAUAUACUUCUAUAAGAGUGUGACUUGUAAUAAAGGGUUAACGGAA